AUGGUAUUAACUCGCUCAUCUAGAAAUCGUUCCCAAACUGACAAUAGAAUCAUUCCGAAUAUGGAGGUAUUAACUGUAGUUUCCACUUCGCACCCGAUGUAUACAAUCGCCAGUACCAGUGCUACAACAACCAUUACUAAGUCGUCCGUUACGCCAACAGUCCAACAAUUUAUGUCAAUGGCCCAUGAGCGUUCUGGUUUCCAUAAUGAAUCGGUCAUCUCAAACAGCACCAUAACCUCUCCUGAAUACAGCAGUAUCACCGCCAGAAAUGUGCAGCAAGUAUUUCGUGCUAGUGUGCCUCCUACAGCUCCUCAGCCCGCUAAUAAUGUUGCAACUACACCUGACAUGUGUAAUUUUAUACGGGAGGAGAUGCAGAGACAAAUUCAAGCUAUACGGCAGGAGCUUUCUCAAGCCAUAUCACGUGCUGUUUCGCAAGCAUCACCUCCACAGCCAGCGGCACCACAAACACCUGUCGGACAACAUAAUAAUGUAUUACAUAAUAUACAACCACAAUCUCAGAUGAACAUACCUGUUAAUAUUAACCAGUUUCCAUAUGCCUCUCAGCCGGUACCAGGUCAAGCAGCUAACCAGUUGCCGCAGUAUCCACCUCCAAACCUAAACUAUAAUCCAGUCUUUCCACCAACCCAGUCUUCACAAGCUCCUAGUUUGCCAAACGAGCACCCAUUUUCCACCCAACGAAAGGUAGAUUUGUCCAAAUGGGGCAUAAAAUUUGAUGGGUCGACGAAGUCCAUGAGUGCGGAGGAUUUCAUUUUCCGAGUGGAUGUCUUGAGGCAAGAUUACAGCUGUCCCUUCAAUGAGCUUUUACGAAGCUUUCAUGUAUUGCUGGAAGGACCAGCACUGGACUGGUACUGGAACUUGCGUAAGCUCACAGCAAUACAGUCCUGGGAAGAUUUGGGUAGAGCUUUUCUGACCCAGUUUAAGCGUUAUGAAAGCGAAUUCCAGCUGCAGAAGCAAAUUAUGGACAGACGCCAGUUGCCUCAGGAGAGUUUUGAGAGUUUUUAUAAUGGAGUAAUGAAGCUAAGAAAUCAGCAGCGAACCCCCUAUACUGAGCGAGACCUAGUGGAGAUUAUGAAAAGUAAUCUAAAGCCAUCAUUGUCACAUUUACUAUUUUCAGUGACCACUUCCAGUCUCAAUGAGUUCUGUCAACAGGCGAAAAGAGCCGAAAAUUUAAUCAACAGUCAGAGACAGACUUUCCAGUCUAGACAACCCGUUCCGGCUCGAGUCCAUGAACUUCAAUUGGGAGAUGAAGUGCCUGUAUCAAUCCUCGAAAUCGACGCCUUAGCCACUAACAGCCGGUAUAUUUGCUGGAACUGCAAACAGUCAGGCCAUAGCUUUAUGAACUGUCCGUCGCCAAAUAGGCGUAUAUUUUGCUUUCGAUGUGGCCGAGACAACGUAGUCACCCCAAAGUGCCCAAAAUGUCAGGGAAACCAGGUGGUGAGCGAGUCCCUGACGGGGGAGACUCGUUCGACCCAGACGUAA